UGAGUGGUAACCAGUGUGACCUUUAGAGAUGAAGCCAAACAUCUAAUGGAAAAUAUACAAUGUGCCCAUGUUUGUGUUUACGUGCUUAUAUCUGUGUGUUUGUGUGGGUGUAUGUGUGUGUGUGUGUGUGUGUCUGAGAGGGUGUGUGUGUGUGUGUGUGUGUGUGUGUGUGUGUGUGUGUGUGUGUGUGUGUGUGUGUGUGUGUGUGUGUGUGUGUGUGUGUGGGUAUGUAUUUUUCGUUUAUGUCUGUGUCUGUGUCUGAAAGUGUGUGGGUGUGUUUGAGUGUGAGCGUGUGUGAGUGCGUGUGUAUGAACCCCCAUCUAGAAUGUGUGUAUUGCUAUUUGGAGGGUGAGAGGGUAAACAGGCCUUGAUGUGGGUGCAACUUGGGUGCUACUUGUUGUCAGGUGUGUGUGUGUGCGUGUGCGCGUGCAUGCGUGCGUGCGUUUGGUGUGAGUGGACGGGCAGGCGUAGCUGUAAUCCUAAACCUCUAUGUGUGUGUACAGUGGGUUCAGUCGGUGGAGGAGACAGCAGCACUGUCUUCAGGCCCUUGCUGUGUCUCAUUCCCUCUGUCGGCGCGCACAGAGGAGCCCCGCAGCCAUGAACCGCACCGUGGUGAUGUACAUGGAGAUGGGCUGCUUCGUGGUGUGUGUGUUCGGGUGGAUCCUGGUGUGCUCCACCAUGCCCACGGAGAUCUGGACCUGGUCCGAGGUGGACAGCAUCGUGCUGACCACCUCAAACUACUUCUCCAACCUCUGGAAGGACUGCAUCUCCGACUCCACGGGGGUCUCCGACUGCAAGGGGAUCCCGUCGCUGCUGGCGCUGAACUGGGACAUCCACAUGUGCCGCGCGCUGAUCAUCAUCUCCAUCAUCCUGGCCUUCUUCGGCUCCGUCCUCCUCCUGGUGGGGAUGAAGUGCACCAAGAUCGGAGGCUCCGAGAUCGCCAACGCCAGGGUCACGUUCGCUGCCGGGAUGAACUACCUCAUCUCAGGUCUGUGCUCCAUGGUGGCCUUCUCCUUCUACGGGAACAAAAUACGAUCGGAAUUCCAAGACCCGAACUUCAGAGCUCAAAAGUUUGAGAUCGGAGUGGGCGUGUUCAUCGGCUGGGCAGGCUCCACCCUAUUGGUCGUCGGAGGUCUGCUGAUCAGCAUCUUCUCUGGGAUGGAGGGAUGCCAGUCGAGCUCCAAGGCCAAAGGUGUCCCUGACUACAGCGUCCCUGUGGACUACAGAGCUAUCUCGGGCAAGGGGACCUACAUCUCGUCUAUAGGCUCAGCGGGGGACCUGGGGGGGAAGUCCUCCCAGGGUAGCAGUGAAGGAGGCAGGGCCAGCAAAGCCUCCUCUGUUACCAGGAGCAGCAAGACGUACUCCUCCAACGCCUAUGUGUGACCAGGAGAUGAACACAAUGUUAAAGUUUGUUUUAGAUUGUAUUCCGUUGCCUGUGUAUUUAUUGUAUAUAUCCUGCUCUGUUUUUAGAUAUCGGCGAAUAAAAGUCAAGUAAAUAAUAAAGAAUGUUACUAUUA